AUGUCUGAGAAGCCAAGUGAAAACAGAUUGUGGGGUGGACGAUUCACGGGAGCAAGUGACCCGUUGAUGGAUCUCUACAAUGCCAGUUUACCCUAUGACAAGAUCAUGUAUGACGCAGAUUUGACGGGGACAAAAGUCUACACCCAGGGCUUGAACAAGCUCAACUUGAUCACUGAUGAGGAAUUAGCCAAGAUCCACGAGGGCUUGGAAGUGAUUAGAAAAGAAUGGGCCGAAGGAAAAUUUGAGGAAAAGGCUGGCGAUGAGGAUAUUCACACUGCAAAUGAAAGAAGAUUAGGUGAGAUUAUCGGUAAGCACAUUGCUGGUAAAGUCCACACUGGUCGUUCCAGAAACGACCAAGUUGCCACCGACAUGAGGAUUUUCGUUCGUGAGUCGUUGAAGGCCUUGAGUGCCAAAUUAAAGACUUUUAUCCAAACUAUUUUGACGAGAGCCGAGAAGGAGAUUGCCGUGUUGAUGCCCGGUUACACCCAUUUGCAAAGAGCUCAGCCCAUCAGAUGGUCUCACUGGUUGAGUUCAUACGCCACCUACUUUACCGAAGACUACAACAGAUUGCAGCAAUUGAUCGAGAGGGUCAACAAGUCUCCAUUAGGCGCAGGUGCCUUGGCGGGCCACCCUUACGGCAUUGACCGCGAGUUCAUCGCCAAGGGUUUGGGCUUUGAAGGUGUGAUUGGCAACUCGUUGACGGCAGUAAGUGACCGUGACUUUGUAGUAGAGACCUUGUUCUGGGGAACGAUGCUCAUGAACCACGUGUCCCGCUUCGCCGAGGACUUGAUCAUUUACUCGACUGCUGAAUUUGGCUUCAUCAAGCUCGCCGACGCCUACUCCACGGGCAGCUCAUUGAUGCCUCAAAAGAAAAACCCCGACUCGUUGGAAUUGUUGCGGGGCAAGAGCGGGAGAGUCUUUGGCGGCUUAGCGGGCUUCUUGAUGUCCAUCAAGUCGAUUCCAUCCACAUACAACAAAGACAUGCAAGAGGAUAAAGAGCCAUUAUUCGACGCCUUGACCACCGUUGAGCAUUCCAUCUUGAUAGCCACGGGGGUUAUUAGUACCUUGUCCAUCAACAAGGACAAGAUGGAGGGUGCUUUAACUAUGGACAUGUUGGCCACAGACUUGGCGGACUAUUUGGUUAGAAAGGGAGUGCCAUUCAGGGAAACCCACCACAUUUCAGGCGAGUGUGUCAGAAAAGCAGAGGUUGAAAACUUGAGUGGCAUUGACCAAUUGACGUUUGAACAAUUCAAGGAAAUCGACGACAGAUUUGAGGAGGAUGUGCUGGAUAGUUUUGAUUUCGAAGUUAGCGUUGAAAGAAGGGACGCAAUUGGUGGAACUGCAAAGAGUGCCGUUUUGAAGCAGUUGGAGAGCUUGAGAUUGCAAUUAAAUUAG